AGUGCAAAGCGAUAGUGUAGUGCGGUCGUGACACAAUGGAUCAUAUCGUGAGAGCGUACGACAUAGUGUUCUAUGAAAGAGCUGACCCUCGAGUGUUAGACUGGCCGCUUAUGGGUUCACCAUGGCCUCUCUUUUUCAUCCUCACUGGUUACCUGGCCGCCAUCAAGAUACUAGUACCGGCCUACAUGAAGAAUAGGCCACCUUAUGAACUGAGAAGUGUCAUCAGGUGGUAUAACGUGGUGCAAAUCAUCUCCAACGCUGUUGUUACUUGGGGGAUCAUGACCUCCGGCUGGACAACGACCUACCACUUCGGCUGCAUGCUUCCCGACUACUCCCUCAACCCUGAACCUUUAAGAAUGCUCCGGUUCCUAUGGUGGACCAUCAUAGUGAAAAUAAUCGAACUGCUGGAGACGAUGUUCUUCCUGUUGAGGAAGAAGGACAAGCAGGCGUCGUUCUUGCAUGUCUACCAUCAUUGCGGCACGCUCGUUGUUGUUUGGGCGGGGACUAAGUAUGUGGGAGGUGGUAUAGCUUCCUUCUCUACAAUGCUUAACACAGCUGUGCACGUCGUCAUGUACCUGUACUAUCUGCUGUCGGCAGACGGCAGCCCGGGUGUCAAGGCAACGCUCAACAAAUAUAAGAAGUGGCUCACUAUUCUGCAGAUGAUUCAAUUCACACUCAUGAUUGUCUACAGCUCUCAAGUAUUCCUGCCGAGCUGCCCAGCAUCAACGGGUGUAGCACUUUUGUUCUUCGCAAACGUGAUAAUUGUCUUCUACAUGUUCUUAAACUUCUUCAGAGAGAGUUACGUCAGGAAAGGCAAGGUGGAGUUAAAUGGGAAUAAGAAGAAAUCAGAAUAACUUAUUUAUUUUAGACUAGUCUGGCUUAGUCGGUAGUGACCCUGCCUGCUAAGCUGAUGUCCUGGGUUCGGAUAGCGGUAAAGACAUUUAUUCAAUGAAUAGA